AAAGGAGAUUCACGCUCUUCUUGGUAAGGAGGCUUCCUCCAAGCAGUCCCGGGGAAAGAAAGCGGUCGCGGGCGCGAUCGGCCAGGCGAUACUCAACCACCUUCGUGAUCCCGAGGGAAAGAAGGUGUCCGAAAUACACGAGCUGCUCAGCGAGGUUCUCCGCACGAAGGAGACACUAC